AUCCAUACAUUACAUGCUCAGACUUCACAAACACCUAGCUUAACUCUUCCACUAAGCAGUUGAAGAGAGUUCCUCUUUCCUCUUUCUACUGUCAUCUAUUACUUGGUUGAAUUGAUCAUGGCUACUGAUGAGAGAGCAGGGGCUGAAAUUAUCCGCGGAAGGGAAGCCUGUGAUCGAUUUUCGGCAGAGCUGAUGAAGGAGCUUGGGUUCCCAAGUGGUGUCCUUCCCAUGGGAGAGCUGGUAGAAUGUGGGAGGGUCAGAUCCACUGGCUUUGUGUGGUGGAAAUGCAAAGCUCCCUAUGAGCACUUCAAUGUGGCAACCAACACCAAGAACAGCUAUGCUGCUGAGACCACUGCGUAUGUGGAGAAGGGGAGGAUGAAGAAGAUGACAGGAUGCAAGGCUAGGCAGAUGAUGUUGUGGGUUCCUAUAGCAGAGAUGUACCUUGAUGGUAACAAAAUCUCCUUCAAGUCAUCCAUGGGGGUGGGCAAGUCCUUCCCUAUUAUCUCUUUUAUGAAUGAAGAAGAGAAGAAGGCUUGUCUCCAACAAAAUGGCAGUGCACCAAAUUAAUUAAACCAUACUCUACCUUCCUCACUAGUUCUUAGUCAGGAUCAGUCCCUGAAGUUCCUUAUCAUUCCCAAUUUCCAUACCCAAUCAGCUCUAUGUAUUGAGUUCUUUUUUCCUUUUUUUUUUUUUUCUUUUCCAUUGUAACCCUGCAUCCUCACUUCACGAUCCAAUAAUACUUGAUGAACUGUCGUUUAAAAACA